AUGUUGAGACCAACCGAAAUUAAAGACGUUUCAGGGGACAUUAACAGAACUAAAAAUGAUCCAAUACGGAUUUCUGUUCACGGAUGUGCUGGUUCAAGUCACGAGUUUUCAUAUCCUGACGAUUCGAAAAAAAGUAAUCCAGAAUCACUUAGUCCGCAUGAUUCUCAGGAUAAUGAUUCAAAUUAUAACACAAUCGAUGAAACGAUGUAUGAAAACGCUUUAUCUUUUUACUCAUUUUUAACGUCUAAUAAUGACAUUCAUACCGAUGAUGAUGAAAAUUUACGUGUUGGAGACCAAAACGACGACCUAAAGAGAGAGAGUGGAAAGAAAAAUAGGAUUGUUGAAAAAUUUCACGAUUUUGUUGAGCGUCAUUACGAUGCAGCUUAUGGAAGUGAGGCUGAGGACCUUGACAAAAUUUCUGAAUGUUGCUGGAAUGAAAAUUUGAAUGCACUGGAGCAGCACAACUUUCUCCAUCACUCAUUCCACUACUAUUAUCAUGAGAACAAGUUCAAUUUGGACUAUGAUUCAAACAAACUAAUUAGGAAAAAUGUAUUUUUGGAAACAACCUACAAAAAACGGCUGGCCGUCUGUUUCAGGAAUAACGUGACCAACUUCUUAAAUUCAGAGUCAACAAACUUUGACGAGAUCAUUGACAUUAUCAAAGAAAUGGUGCAGGCAAGCGCGGAAGCUUACAACAAAUAUAAAUCGGGGUAUAAAGAUGCGAAGAAAACUCUGAAGCAAUUGUUCAAUCUCAAAAUAGAAGGCAUAUCAGAUAGCAGCUACUCAGUAAUAAUGAAUGAUAGACGAAAUAAAAUAAUUCUCAAAAUUUGCAUAGAUUUGCCUGUUUUGUUCAGAAGUAAUUUUAAAGAGAUAUUGCGGGAACUUCAGAAGACUGUUCAUAAGAAUUCUGAUGUGUUUGACAAACUAGAGGACAUUAUCAAGUUGAAUUCUUUUUUUGAUAGCUUAAUGUUUGAAAAAAUAAAAUUGUCACACGGAAGUCAAUUCUUGUUUGUCAGAUUUCUAGCACAGAACAUUGAUUAA